AUGGAACGAUUGGAGAAGUUAACAACGCCAUCGAUCGGCGAAAGAGAGGUGGGAGAGGGGCUGGAAGCCUGUGUGAAAAACAACUUCGAGGAGUAUAACUACAAGUGUAAAAAUGAAACGGAAGUUGAAUCUCUUCUUCGAGAAACUAUCAGCCAAUUAGAAACCGCCUUGCGUGAAUCGACAAAGUUGCUUUCACAAAGAGACAAUGAGAUCGUUUCAUUGCGAAGUGAUCUUGGUUUAUGUCGGGGUGAACGCGGAAAUAACGCAAGCGAUACUCUUGAAGAAGAGUUUAAGAACUCUCAAAAGCGAGUUCUUGAUUUGGAAAAGGUUGUACAACAACUUCAGCAAGAUAUAACCAUGUACAAAGCGGAGAGAGAGAACAUACUCGCAAAGGAUAACUUCAAUGAAGCAAAUGUCGCAGGACAGACUUGUUACUGUGGAUCGCUGUGCGGGGCCAUGAAAGAGAUGGUGGAAUUGAAGAAGAAACUUCACGUCACAGAGCAAAAGUAUAGUAAUCUAAAGCGAGCGUUUAAAACUUUAGAACGGAGUAAGGUAAGGGUCGGAGUAGCGCAUCGAGAUAGCCCAUGUACAAUAAGCUGACUGUAGAACGUUUCGAGAAAAUAUGGACACAUAUCAUGACUUAACGCAGUGUUGAGAAAACACGUUGAAUGUUUGACAUUUACUCCUCGGUAAAUUUCGCAACAAAAGACACAAAGUCAGAGAAUUUUUUCUUUGUCAAUCUAAAGCCUGAAAUUUGGGCUGGAAAGGUCAAACUUGAGUAAUUGAUUUUGCCCGGAAGGCCUCCUGGCGUCGUUUAUGACCGCCCAACGAUUCAUCCUGGUGACAUUGGCGGGAAAAGACUGUCAUGAAUGAACAGUUCGGAGGAGGUCUUUUAUCGCCACCUGUCAGGAUAAGCGGUUAGUUCUUCUACCAGCAAUAAACUAAGUAACUAUAAAUAAAAGUCAUCACCUUAUCGUACAAAUUUAACCUCUGAGCUAUGUUUUGGUUCUUCUACAUAUGUAGUUGAAACUUUUUAGCGAUGACAUUUUCAACAAUCGUUGACGAAAGUUUUCAACAGCUCUCCUUGUUCCAGAGCUUUGCUCUUUGAUCACAUAAACCUGUCAAACUGACAAUUUUCAAGCUUUCUCCUUUCUGCGACAAUUCUCCGGAAAGGUCACUACUUAUAGCCAAAAUGGUUUCCGCAAUCUUCGCUACAAUGUUGAUUUAUAAAGAAAGUUUACCGAAAAUGUCUCAUUACAGAUAAUAGGAACAAAAUUUCAUGAAAUAAAUGAAAUGUGAUAAUUGUUCAAAUGAAUGGAAGUGUACUUUAGAGGUGAUAACUAUUUAAAACAAAGAGAAAGAGAAGACUCUUGUAAAUAAUCUGCGGUAAAAAUAGGAUAACUCCAUGCACCAUAUUUGUAGACAAAAAAGAAGUGUAUAGAGUAAGCUUGUAGUCUGCAAUCGGUAUCCCAACUGAGGAGUAGAUUUAGGCGCGCAAUAUUUGUAAAUAAAAAUGAGAAAGUCUGUACCUGUAACUAAAGAACAAAUAUUUAAUCACGGAGGUAAAUAAAAGAGUUUAGUGCAGCUUUUUUUUUUUUAAACUUCAAUGAAGCAAAUGUCGCAGGACAGACUUGUUACUGUGGAUCGCUGUGCGGGGCCAUGAAAGAGAUGGUGGAAUUGAAGAAGAAACUUCACGUCACAGAGCAAAAGUAUAGUAAUCUAAAGCGAGCUUUUAAAACUUUAGAACGGAGUAAGGUAAGGGUCGGAGUAGCGCAUCGAGAUAGCCCAUGUACAAUAAGCUGACUGUAGAACACUUCGAGAAAAUAUGGACACAUAUCAUGACUUAACGCAGUGUUGAGAAAACACGUUGAAUGUUUGACAUUUACUCCUCGGUAAAUUUCGCAACAAAAGUCACAAAGUCAGAGAAUUUUCUCUUUGUCAAUCUAAAGCCUGAAAUUUGGGCUGGAAAGGUCAAACUUGAGUAAUUGAUUUUGCCCGGAAGGCCUCCUCGCGUCGUUUAUGACCGCCCAGCGAUUCAUCCUGGUGACAUUGGCGGGAAAAGACUGUCAUGAAUGAACAGUCCGGAGGAGGUCUUUUAUCGCCACCUGUCGGGAUAAGCGGUUAGUUCCUCUACCAGCAAUAAACUAAGUAACUAUAAAUAAAAACCAUCACCUUAUCAUACAAAUUUAACCUCUGAACUAUGUUUUGGUUCUUCCACAUAUGUAGUUAAAACUUUUUAGCGAUGACAUUUUCAACAAUCGUUGACGAAAGUUUUCAACAGCUCUCCUUGGUCCAGAGCUUUGCUCUUUGGUCACAUGAACCUGUCAAACUGACAAUUUUCAAGCUUUCUCCUUUCUGCGACAAUUCUCCGGAAAGGUCACUACUUAUAGCCAAAAUGGUUUCCGCAAUCUUCGCUGCAAUGUUGAUUUACAAAGAAAGUUUGCCGAAAAUGUCUGAUUACAGAUAAUAGGAACAAAAUUUCAUGAAAUAAAUGAAAUGUGAUAAUUGUUCAAAUGAAUGGAAGUGUACUUUAGAGGUGAUAGCUAUUUAAAACAAAGAGAAAGAGAAGACUCUUGUAAAUAAUUUGUGGUAAAAAUAGGAUAACUCCAUGCACCAUAUUUGUAGACAAAAAAGAAGUGUAUAGAGUAAGCUUGUAGUCUGCAAUCAGUAUCCCAACUGAGGAGUAGAUUUAGGCGCGCAAUAUUUGUAAAUAAAAAUGAGAAAGUCUGUACCUGUAAGUAAAGAACAAAUAUUUAAUCACGGAGGUAAAUAAAAGAGUUUAGUGCAGCUUUUUUUUUUUUUUUCGUAUUCAUUUUAUUUGCUUUAUAAAUGACAGGGUUCUAUUUAUACGCAAGCAAAGAACAAUAAAUGAAGGCUACCUAACAGAUAAUGAAUAAGACCACAUUCAUUUACCACUGUGACUCCUGCGGUGACUGUAUGGUUUGGUGCAUUCUGGUCUAAGUCAUCUUACAAUAUUCCGUCCUAUAAUUGAGGUGCAUGUAAUUCUAAGUCUUGAGUCUGUGGGCGAAAUCCCGUGUUAGACGUCGUACCGAGCGACGACUCAAGAAGAAGAGAUAUACUACGCCGUACCUCAUUUUCCUGCGGCAGGCUUUAUAAUCUUGUACAAGCCGGGUGGUUCUAACUUUAGCCUGGGUGCAGAACAAAGGAAAUAGGGCGUAAAUAGGAGACGUCUUCACUCAAGCUAUUUUAACUUUUGAGUCUGUUAGUUUGACCAUUGUAAUGGCAGCAACAGUGCGGAUACUUCUUUUUGGUGUUGUUUAUUGUGCUGUACGCAAGGUUGAUCAACCUUUUGAGUCUGUGUGUGAAAUCCUAAAGUUUAAUUUACUGUAACCAUUCAAGCAAAAUUCCUCAGUGGUACUGUUGCACAGUACUGUUUCUGUUGUUUGAUUGUUUGUUCUCAAUAGCGUUUAUCAGGAAUUUUGCGAAAUACAAUUUACAAUUUUUCUUGAGUGGAAAUUUGAUGACUAUUAGUAACUUUCGAAGGGUUUCGAAGAAAAUUCUUACACAUUUCUACUGUAAUAAGGUAAUUUCAAUAGUGAUGAUGAGGUAAUGUGAAGUCGUCCCUUUUCAGAAGAUUUAGCUUCGUGGAAUUCCCUGUGAAAUUGGUUUUUUUAUAUAGCAGUACCAAGAACCUUUUGAACGUUUUUACGUGAGAGCGGUUACUACAAAAAUAAAAAAGACAAACAAACAAACAUACGGCGAGAAAGUUAGGGCGCUUUCCAUUUGUCAGAGCUGAUCGGCCAGAACAUUCAUGUUCCCGUAGCAAUGAUAAUUUCCCUUUUAAUCAAAACUCUCCAGCCAGAUCAGUCAAAUCCUGAAUAGCAUCCACCGAGGAGACGGUUUUUCAGCAAAAACUCUUGGAAAAAGCCUAUUUCGUAAUCAAACUGACUGGUCGGGCAAUGGUCAGGCCGGCCUGUUCCGACAAAUGGACAGCGCCCCUAUGUUUAAAUUAACGCUUUUUCAAACUUUAUCGUGGUUAUUCCAACUCGUUCAAUUUGUUACAAUGCGACUACUCGAACCGGGGCACUUGGAAGAAGAUCAUCCAGUCACACGUUUUAUGAAAACAAAAGAUUCUCAAGUUUUUUUGCAAAAGGACCAAUAACCUUCAUAACUUUGAGGGCUGUUUCCUGAGAGGUCAGGUAAGUUCAAACGGUUUUAAGUUUUCAACGGUUGAAUAGUUAAACCCCGAAUUUAAUUGGUCCGUUUGCAAAAAAAACUUGAGAAUCGUUUGUUUUCAAAAAACGUUGUGAUUGGAAUCUUCUUCCAAGUGCCCCGGUUCGAGUAGUCGCACUGUAAAUGUUGAUGAAGUUCAGAAAGGGAGGAAGCAAGAUUUGCCGAAUGUUCACACCUUCUCUAAAAACGAAUCUUACUGAAAAAUUUCACUUUGUAGUCGAACUUGAUGUCGACGAGGAAAUGGAAUAAAAAGUCGUCCUCGUCCCCAGGCUAAGGCGCACUUUGUCCGCUGGUGGAGCAGAGGGGGCUUAGAACAGUGCACGAUGAGCAAAUUCUCCAAACAACCUUGACUAGUGACGUCAUGAUCCGAACUCGCCGAGGACGACCAGGGCCGAGGCAGCCAAAUAGCAUGAUGGACGUACAGAUCUCCGUUGAUUUAUGAUACGUGAACAUCUUUGUGCAUGCGUUGGGAACAACAUCUUUUCACAUUUUUAACUUUGGAUCUUUGUUUUCUAUUCUAGUCGCCAGGGCCUUUUGCUUCUUUUCUCUGUCAGCUGACAGGGGCCCUGAGAACGAAACUGUUAUUAUUUCCGGAAACUGGCCUCGCUCUUCACUGAAAUCAUUAAGUGCAGGCUCCGGAUACUAGAUUAUAAUGUCCCCCUUUUUAUAAAACUAGGGAGGGAAACCUAGAAAUGGGAAUUAAAAGCAAAAAAGUAAAAAUAUCAGGAAACACACGAAAGUGGACGCGGUCAAUUCUAAGAAAACGACGGACAUCCCACCAGUGUCGUGUGGUAUUCCCCAAACAGGUGACCGCAGUUUAGUAACAGGUACUUCCGGUUUAAGGAAAACCGCUCGCAGGUUCACAUGUCUCGCUUUAUUGUUCUUUGUCCAGUCUCAAAACAUCACAGCUGAUUUUAUCUUACACGUGAAAGUUCAUGUUCAGCCAGAUCAUCACUGGUCUCUGACGUUUUCGUUUUAGCUUUGAUGGAGAAUUCAAGGAGAAAGAGCAACGAAGCUCAGGAGGGAAAAGCUGCACUAAAAUUAGACGACUUUGAGGUGGACUUUUUUUUUUUCGACGAAGACUCCGAUAAGGAAGGGGAAAGUGAUAAUAAUCAAAAGAGUAACAAUGAUUUUAUAUCAGAUUCUGUUUCGGUGACUUCAAACUCUCUGCUAAGAGCUACAAUUUGUGAGCUUGAGCGCGCUUUACAAGACACAAGACGUCUCCUAUUUGAGCGAGACAAAGAGAACAGUGUGUUACGACAUGACCUCGAGCGAGCGCGCAAAGAUCUUCACAAGGAGACACAAGCGAGGAAGAAACUCGAAGCAGAAAACGAAUCAAAGGCGGACAAGUCACGAAAGGAGGAAAACGAGAAAUCAAAACUACGAGAUGAGAUUCAAGAACUGAAGGAAAAACUACGAGAGUACGAAAAUCCCACGGAAAAUGGAGACUCGGACGAAAUUAUCCCUUGUUGCUCGUCGAUGCAUGAAUUGGUUGAACUUCAGCGUAAGUUAAAAGAGACUGAAAAACAACUAGAAGAAUUUAAACUUAACAACCAAAAUGGGGGAGAUGAUAAAGCAAUAGCCACAANGACACAAGCGAGGAAGAAACUCGAAGCAGAAAACGAAUCAAAGGCGGACAAGUCACGAAAGGAGGAAAACGAGAAAUCAAAACUACGAGAUGAGAUUCAAGAACUGAAGGAAAAACUACGAGAGUACGAAACUCCCACGGAAAAUGGAGACUCAGACGAAAUUAUCCCUUGUUGCUCGUCGAUGCAUGAAUUGGUUGAACUUCAGCGUAAGUUAAAGGAAACUGAAAAACAACUAGAAGAAUUUAAACUCAACAAUCAAAAUGGGGGAGAGGAUAAAGCAAUAUCCACAAGACCGAAUAUUGGAAGCACCACCAGAACCCACAAACAAACGCAGAAGGAAAUUCAAACACAACUUAAAAUGAAAUUUCUCCGAGAUGCGUUCUUCUAUUAUAUGAUAGAUUUUCACGCUGACGAGCAAAUGAAAGCGAUUUUAGCCAUUCUGGAUUAUGAGGACAGACGCCAUGAGAUCAUCAUCGAGUCACAUAAAAUGAAAAGACAAGGGAAAAAAUUUACUGUGAGAGAGGUUUCUAGCCGGUCACUAACAUUUGUACACGAGGAAAAGCUAUAG